GAGAAGAACGGUGAGAGCGAAGAUGGAGGAGAGGAGGAGGAAAGUCAUGAUGAUGAGGAAGCACCAAAGGCUACCCCUGAAGAGAAUGGAAAGGAAGGCGAGAAUGGACAUGUCGAGUCAACUGACACUAAUGGCAAUGAUCGUAAGCGAGUAUCAGAUGUUGGUGUAGCUGAAGCAGCAGCCGACGAAGGUGCCCCCGCUUUGAAGAAGAAAAAGGCCGAAGAGGAAGAGGUGCUAAUUUGUAGACCAUUAAUGGCGUACGUUUGUCAACGCAGCGUGCUGCUCCCUGCUGCUGUUGUCGCGCCUGUCAGCACUGAGGCAACGGCGAUGAUCGAUAUCGCCUUGCUUAGUUUAGCCGGCGGGCACAGGCCGAUCGAUCUCUGGAGACAGCGGCUUGGCUUGCUGCCAGAUCUCAUUUAUUACUGA